CACAUGCAGACGAUUGUGAGUCCGGCUCCCCAAUGAACCAGCCAGCGUGCCACUACCAGAGCCAGUUGCAGACGACCAAGGACCAGCAGCCGUACAUGGCCGACUCGGACAGCUGGGUGGACGAAGAGUCCGGCAGGUCCAGCAACAGGAAGAUGAAGCGGUUGGUGCCAGACACGGAGAAGGACGACAGGUACUGGGAGAAGAGGAAGAGAAACAACAUGGCGGCCAAACGGUCUCGGGAGAACAAAAGGCAGCAGGAGAAUGACGUCAAGCAAAAGGUCGCCUUGUUGGAAGAGCAGAACGCGCUAUUGCGUAAGGAAAUCAUCCUCAUCAAGGCUCGCUACGGCAUCCCGCCCGACCAGAGUCUACUCACCCCCGGGGAACGGGAGCAGUGCAUGCUAGAGGUCAGGGCCGCACAGGUCGAGGCGCGGCGUCGCAAAGAGAGCGCCGGAAGUGCUGAUGACGUGUCCUCUACGUCACCGAGCCUGUACCCAGUCAGUCUCAACUCUUCCACAGAUGACUGUGACAUGGACAGGAGGCUCAGCAGCGAGCCCCCCCUCUCUAGCCCCAAGGUCAAGACCAACAGCCUUGACCUUCCGUAUGGACCCUCGGCUUACGGGCCCUUCACCCCGUCACCCAGCUGGGCCCCCAGCGUCCAGUGCUACACGGGAAAUAACUCUGCCCAAAGCUUCUCGCCCCCAGCCGGCCACCAAGGGAAGUCCGUGGGGGGCCCGGGCCAGGAGAAAUACAACCCGUCCUACCCGCUGUACGGCGGCAUGGCCACACGGCCCUACGACUUCUACAUGCAAUACGCCAACUACGGCGCUGCUCAGAUGUCCCAGGGGGAGGGCCACUACGCCGCCCCAGCAGAUCUUAGCACCAAUAGGAAAAAACAAGGCGGAGCCAAGGUGCAGUAUGGGGGCGGGGCUAGAAACAUGAAGAACACAGGACACGAAGACCAUGUCCUCAACCAUAGCCCCGCCCAUGUCCUCAACCAUAGCCCCGCCUACUCCUCUUUGUUUAUGGACGCAGCCAUGGCUUACUCCCUGGGUCACGUGACUCGCCACCACGAGGGCCGUAUGCCGUCCACCCCCGCCCACAUGAACUCUUCCAGUAACGUCAAUAAAGAGCCCAGGGACGGGGUGGGGGAGGAGAACCUCAAGACGGUGGUCAGGGGUUGAAUAUCUCAAGACAGAAUGAAGAGCUUAAUGUGAGCUAAAGAUUGAAGUGAGGUUUAUAGAGAGGAAGUGAACUAACAAUCAAGUCGGUGUGUUCAAGUCAGUGUUCAAGUCGGUGUGUUCAAGUCGGUGUGUUCAAGACUUGGAGUGAAAGAUCAGACAUUCACUGACUGUUGUGUCCUGAAUCCAUAUAAAUG